AAAACCCGAAAACCACCAAAUCGCUAACCCAGAUAAGAAAAACACAUGGCUUUUACCUGUGAUAAGAGAUAACUUCGUAAACAGUUGCUUGAACACGUGCCAACCAGCCGCAGCAUGUCUCGCCCGGAGCAUUUAGCCCCUCCGGAAAUCUUCUACAACGAAAAUGAGGCCCGAAAAUACACCCAAAACUCCCGAAUUAUGGACAUUCAAAUGCAAAUGAGCGAACGUGCCGUCGAACUGUUGCUUUUACCAGAAGACGAGCCCUGCUUUCUCCUGGAUAUUGGGUGCGGGUCGGGGCUUAGUGGCAGUGUCCUUGAAGACCAGGGCCACUUUUGGGUGGGAAUGGACAUAUCGACAGCGAUGCUAGAUAUCGCGCUUGAGAGAGAAGUGGAGGGCGACGUUCUGCUGACUGACAUGGGGCAAGGGUGCCCCUUUAGAGCCGGGACUUUCGACGGGGCUAUCAGUAUUUCGGCGCUCCAGUGGCUAUGCAAUGCCGACAAAACCACACACAAGCCGGUUCAAAGACUGUAUAAAUUUUUCAGUAGUUUGUAUGCUUGUUUGAGUCGGUCUGCGAGGGCUGUGUUUCAGUUUUAUCCGGAGAAUAGCGAGCAGAUGGAGCUGGUUACGGCACAAGCGAUGAAGGCGGGGUUUUAUGGGGGCGUCGUCGUGGACUACCCGAACUCCACUAAAGCGAAAAAAUUUUUCUUGGUGUUGAUGACGGGGGGAAAUGUGCCUUUACCCAAAGGUUUGGGGAGUGCAGAGGAAACUCAAGGUGUUUCGUAUAUUUCGAAACGAGAGCAGAUCAAAAAAGCUCGAGGAAAGCCGCUGAAGAAGAGCCGGGAUUGGAUCUUGGAAAAAAAAGAACGCAGGAGAAGACAAAUGAAGGACGUUAGGGCCGAUUCUAAGUACACAGGGCGCAAACGAAGCGGCAGAUUUUGAUAAAAAUAGACCUUAUUAUUUAAUUUUAUUUUUACUAAUUAAUAAAAAGUUUUGUUUA